UUUUUUUUUUUUUUUUUUUUUUUUGAGCAGCGCGCUGACAUGCCAGCGGGAGUAAAGACGUGAAUGAAGCGCGGCUCGGACCCUGCGGCGCCAGCGCGGCGGUUUGGUGGAGAGAAAAGGAUGAAAUCCAGGAGUCAGGAUCAGAGUCUCUCUGACUCCAGAGAGCUGGACAGAUCUUUUGAUCCGCUCACAGGUAACCCUCUUACCAAACCCAACAAAAAGACCAUCAAGCAGCGCUUCCUCAAACUGCUGCCCUGCUAUCACUCCGGCUCCAGCCCUUCAGUGACUCAAAGCAAUAUAACUGAAGAGGGGGAGCUGUCCACAGUGUGUUACAGACCUGAGGGACUUGACACUCUGGUUCAGCAGACUAAUUUCAGCAAAAAGGAGCUGCAAGUUCUUUACCGGGGAUUCAAAAAUGAGUGCCCCAGUGGUGUUGUGAACGAGGAUACGUUUAAAAGUAUCUACUCCCACUUCUUCCCACAGGGAGAUUCAAGUAUGUACGCACAUUUCCUGUUCGAAGCCUUUGACACCCACAACAAUGGACUGGUUAGCUUUGAAGACUUUGCGGUGAGCAUGUCCAUCAUUUUAAGAGGAUCCAUCACUGACAAACUGAACUGGGCCUUCAAUCUGUAUGACCUGAACAAGGACGGCUGCAUCACCAGAGAAGAGAUGACGGACAUAAUGCACUCUAUCUACAACAUGAUGGGGAAGCACACUUACCCCAGCAUGAGGGACAGCGCUCCAAAGGAGCAUGUUGACAGCUUCUUCCAGAAAAUGGACAAGAAUAAAGAUGGCGUGGUCACCAUUGAGGAAUUCUUGGAGACAUGCCAAAAGGAUGAAAACAUCAUGCACUCCAUGCACUUGUUUGACAAUGUCAUCUGAAUGCUGAUGGACGGACGAUGAGAAAACCCUACCGUUGUUUGGAGCUCUGCUCCCCGCAUGAGUGGUGGUGAGGUUUCUGUUCCCGCAGCAAUAAGAGGAGGGACUCCAACGCACUCCACCUCCUAGAAACUAAAGACACUGAGCAGAAUGAGCCAAAUAUUAUGUCUCAAAUGUGAUAAGUUAGGAAUAGCUAACAAAAGUUUUGUUUGGCUGUAUGAAGAGGAUGACGUGUAACCUGUAAAUACCUCUGCUGAAGUAACAUGGAGAAAAUCCCAGAUAUAAUCGAGACGCAGCUAUAGUUGCUUUAUUCUAAUGCAUGGAAAAGAUGAGAGCGUUUUUUCUGUUUGCACAUUAAUCUGCACUCGAGAUUAAACCCGAAUGUACAGAAACA